AUGUCGUCUGAGCAGCCGCACCGUCAGCAGCAGCAGCAAUAUCCAUACAAUCCAUAUGAACAAAAACAACAAGAGGCACCAGGAUAUGUCAAUCGGAAUGAUCAUAGCACGCCACAGCCAAUAGCGGCGGAAUAUGCUGCAUGGAGCAACGCAAAACUGGAACAGCCCUUGCCACAGUGGUAUAAACCACCAUCAGGUCAAGCGUACGAUGGGAUCGAGCGCGCGCACAACUGGGUCACAGAUCAGUUGCCACUAACCGCAUCGCCGCCGCCGACUGCGAAGACGCCGUUCAGCGAGUACGGCUCAACGGUCGGCGGGGCUACUGUGGGUUCAUAUCCAUUCUACUCCGCUUCACCGGCGCAACCAGAGUCAACACCCCGAAAGCCGAAUGACAGGAUUUGUGGCGUGAAAACGAAUGUUUUCUUCAUCGUUUUGGCCUUGGGCGCAUUCGUGCUUGUGGCAGGCAUUGCAACUGGCUUAGCGGUUGGGUUGGCGUUGGGCAAGAAAUCAGCCAACACCGCUGCUGCGCCGGCGGAGACAAGGCAAGUUGGAUAUUUUAUGUUGUGUGCCUCGUCAUCUCUUACAUCCACAACUACAACCCAGACCACUUCAACAUCAGCAACUAGUACAAGGGUAUCUCCAACCCCUGCGUUCACAGGAACAAUUACUUUGGGACCGGUCAGCUGUCCACGCGACAAUUCGUCUGUAUAUAUAUCUCAAAUUACAUCGAAGCCUUUCAACAUCGAGUGCGGCCAUGAUUAUAACAGUCAGGGUGGAGCCAAAGACCUUUCUCACCAAGCGACAACAACGUUCGCCGAUUGCAUCAACCUUUGUGGGUCCAAAUCUUCCUGUGUUGGGGUAGGCUGGGGUAUCUAUCAGAGUAUACCUACUUGCUGGCUCAAGAGUGCUCUAGGAGCGCCGAAUAAUAGUACGAGUUGGUAUUUUGCUAGGCUACAAAGUCUGGAUCAGAACAACAGUACCGUCGAUACAAGACAAUGGAACGACGAAGACAGUAGUCCUUCAUUCGAUCAAUAG